GCUCCUGCGAGAGUCGGGAUCUGGGGCUACCCAAGGUUGGGUCCCGAAUGCCAGUCCGUCUGUCGGGACGCGAGAUGUGUAGGGCAGAUGCUAGGAAGAAGAUUGGGUCUGGGAGCGGUGGUCGGCGUGGUUAGCUGCCUCCGCUCUUUUUCGGUGUCCCCCCCCAGCCCCGCCCUUGGGUGUGGGGCCGCCUGCCCCACAAGUGUUUAGGGAGGUCAAUGGGUUCCUCGCCCGUAGAGACACCGUUUAUGCCAAAUGAGCACUCCUCAUCCCCGCUCUUGAUGGAGUCAUGUCCUAGACGUGAAACUGUGGGGCUGUGAUCACAAGCAAAUGUGUGGGCGGAUCCGUUGCUUGGGUUCUUCCCCGCCCCCUCCUUUUUUCGGACCAUGACGUCAAGGUGGGCUGGUGGCGGCAGGUGCGGGGUUGACAAUCAUACUCCUUUAAGGCGGAGGGAUCCACAGGAGGGCGGCUGUACUGUGCUUCGCCUUAUAUAGGGCGACUUGGGGCGCGCAGUAGCUCUCUCGAGUCACUGCGGCGCAGUGUUGGGGCUGUCUGGGUAUCAGAAAGCGAGCCCACGUUGCUCACUAUUACGUAUAAUCCUUUUUUUUUUUCAAGGUAAGGCUGAGAUCUCCGCUAGGCUUCUUUCCCUUUAGUGCUGUAUUCGUGUUGCUUUUGUUUUUUUCUGUCCUUUAGGGAGCCUUAGUCUAGAUGUCGGGGUGGCUUGUGGAUAACACCCUGGAUUUUUAUAGGGUGAGGGUAGUGGUGGGUGAGGGCUUUUGAGUUUUCCUCGGUUUUUUCUAGUGUGUUUGGGGGGUGGGGCUUUCUCUCGGCGCCUGCUGGCCGUAGCGAGGUGGGCUGUGGGGUUGGGGCAGUGGGCGGCUGGCAGCUGCACGUGGUGGCCGCGCGGCCCGGGACGCUGCCAUUUUUGCCCCUCCACUUCCGGACGCGGCUACGGGGCGUCGGAGGGGGACCGCAGGGUGGCGGGGGUGCCCGCUCGGGUGACUCAGCACGGCCUUGUGGGACUGGCUUUGUCACCUCUCUUAUCGGAUGCGUUGUUAAAGCCUUCUUGGGUGCUUUGUUUCUGUGAGGGUUCACGGUGUGGGAAGAGCGCUUUCGGUCUCCAGCACCCGAUACUCCCUCCUUCCAGAUCUUUCUUGCAGUCCCGGUGGAGGAGGGGCGGGGAGGGGAGCAGGUUCUGGAAGAUUCAUGGGCUCCUUCCUCCGCCCUUCCUCGAGAGCUGAGAUUGUUCUGGAAGCUUCUGGAUUCUGGCGCCCCGCCCCAGUGCCCGGAUGCUGGGGCGAGGGAGGGCGCACUGCGGCGCCCCCUCCUCGAGUGGUCCUGGCCGACGCAUGUCCGGCAGUGACGAGUGUCGGCCUGGUGGCUACGGCCACCAUCUUUCUUGGGUUUGGUCCCGUUCUGUAAUUUUGUGCUGUGAAAGGGUCGUGGUGGAGCUUUUGGCUUAUCGAUUCUUUGUCCGGAUUUAAUUGCUCCUCCGGUAGGUAUUGUAUGGAUCCCAGGUUAUUCCUCCCUGCCCUAUGGGGCAGGAGUGUCCCGCCCUUGGACACCUCAGGGGGAGCAGUUUAAAGUUAGUGCCAUUUUUAUCUUAAAGUAGUUACUUUGACCUCCCCCAAAUAAAGAACUGUAGGUAGUGAUUUUCACAUUUAAAUUUGUGUAAGGAUUACCUGGGAUCUCUAGAUACCUGGGUUGGACCAACAUUAUGACUUUCCUGCCAUACUACCAGAUGAUGCUGAGGCUGCUGGUCACCAUUCUUUAAGUAGAUGCCUGAGGAAGUGCACCAUGGAGAGGAGGAGGUGGAGACUUUUGCCUUUCAGGCAGAAAUUGCCCAACUCAUGUCCCUCAUCAUCAAUACCUUCUAUUCUAACAAGGAGAUUUUCCUUCGGGAGUUGAUCUCUAAUGCUUCUGAUGCCUUGGACAAGAUUCGCUAUGAGAGCCUGACAGACCCUUCGAAGUUGGACAGUGGUAAAGAGCUGAAAAUUGACAUCAUCCCCAACCCUCAGGAACGUACCCUGACUUUGGUAGACACAGGCAUUGGCAUGACCAAAGCUGAUCUCAUAAAUAAUUUGGGAACCAUUGCCAAGUCUGGUACUAAAGCAUUCAUGGAGGCUCUUCAGGCUGGUGCAGACAUCUCCAUGAUUGGUCAGUUUGGUGUUGGCUUUUAUUCUGCCUACUUGGUGGCAGAGAAAGUGGUUGUGAUCACAAAGCACAACGAUGAUGAACAGUAUGCUUGGGAGUCUUCUGCUGGAGGUUCCUUCACUGUGCGUGCUGACCAUGGUGAGCCCAUUGGCAGGGGUACCAAAGUGAUCCUCCAUCUUAAAGAAGAUCAGACAGAGUACUUAGAAGAGAGGCGGGUCAAAGAAGUAGUGAAGAAGCAUUCUCAGUUCAUAGGCUAUCCCAUCACCCUUUAUUUGGAGAAGGAACGAGAGAAGGAAAUUAGUGAUGAUGAGGCAGAGGAAGAGAAAGGUGAGAAAGAAGAGGAAGAUAAAGAUGAUGAAGAAAAGCCCAAGAUCGAAGAUGUGGGUUCAGAUGAGGAGGAUGACAGCGGUAAGGAUAAGAAGAAGAAAACUAAGAAGAUCAAAGAGAAAUACAUUGAUCAGGAAGAACUAAACAAGACCAAGCCUAUUUGGACCAGAAACCCUGAUGACAUCACCCAAGAGGAGUAUGGAGAAUUCUACAAGAGCCUCACUAAUGACUGGGAAGACCACUUGGCAGUCAAGCACUUUUCUGUAGAAGGUCAGUUGGAAUUCAGGGCAUUGCUAUUUAUUCCUCGUCGGGCUCCCUUUGACCUUUUUGAGAACAAGAAGAAAAAGAACAACAUCAAACUCUAUGUCCGCCGUGUGUUCAUCAUGGACAGCUGUGAUGAGUUGAUACCAGAGUAUCUCAAUUUUAUCCGUGGUGUGGUUGACUCUGAGGAUCUGCCCCUGAACAUCUCCCGAGAAAUGCUCCAGCAGAGCAAAAUCUUGAAAGUCAUUCGCAAAAACAUUGUUAAGAAGUGCCUUGAGCUCUUCUCUGAGCUGGCAGAAGACAAGGAGAAUUACAAGAAAUUCUAUGAGGCAUUCUCUAAAAAUCUCAAGCUUGGAAUCCACGAAGACUCCACUAACCGCCGCCGCCUGUCUGAGCUGCUGCGCUAUCAUACCUCCCAGUCUGGAGAUGAGAUGACAUCUCUGUCAGAGUAUGUUUCUCGCAUGAAGGAGACACAGAAGUCCAUCUAUUACAUCACUGGUGAGAGCAAAGAGCAGGUGGCCAACUCAGCUUUUGUGGAGCGAGUGCGGAAACGGGGCUUCGAGGUGGUAUAUAUGACCGAGCCCAUUGACGAGUACUGUGUGCAGCAGCUCAAGGAAUUUGAUGGGAAGAGCCUGGUCUCAGUUACCAAGGAGGGUCUGGAGCUGCCUGAGGAUGAGGAGGAGAAGAAGAAGAUGGAAGAGAGCAAGGCAAAGUUUGAGAACCUCUGCAAGCUCAUGAAAGAAAUCUUAGAUAAGAAGGUUGAGAAGGUGACAAUCUCCAAUAGACUUGUGUCUUCACCUUGCUGCAUUGUGACCAGCACCUACGGCUGGACAGCCAAUAUGGAGCGGAUCAUGAAAGCCCAGGCACUUCGGGACAACUCCACCAUGGGCUAUAUGAUGGCCAAAAAGCACCUGGAGAUCAACCCUGACCACCCCAUUGUGGAGACGCUGCGGCAGAAGGCUGAGGCCGACAAGAAUGAUAAGGCAGUUAAGGACCUGGUGGUGCUGCUGUUUGAAACCGCCCUGCUAUCUUCUGGCUUUUCCCUUGAGGAUCCCCAGACCCACUCCAACCGCAUCUACCGCAUGAUCAAGCUAGGUCUAGGUAUUGAUGAAGAUGAAGUGGCAGCAGAGGAACCCAGUGCUGCAGUUCCUGAUGAGAUCCCCCCUCUCGAGGGCGAUGAGGAUGCGUCUCGCAUGGAAGAAGUCGAUUAGGUUAGGAGUUCAUAGUUGGAAAACUUGUGCCCUUGUAUAGUGUCCCCAUGGCUCCCACUGCAGCCUCGAGUGCCCCUGUCCCACCUGGCUCCCCCUGCUGGUGUCUAUAGUGUUUUUUUCCCUCUCCUGUCCUUGUGUUGAAGGCAGGAAACCAAGGGUGUCAAGCCCCAUUCCCUCUCUACUCUUGACAGCAGGAUUGGAUGUUGUGUAUUGUGGUUUAUUUUAUUUUCUUCAUUUUGUUCUGAAAUUAAAGUAUGCAAAAUAAAGAAUAUGCCGUUUUUAUACA